AUGGCCAAUAAAGGCAAUAAUGUGAAUUUCUUAAUCGGCCGUGCAGCUAGUGAUCUGCUGGACAACCAUGUGCUGGGCAACGAAAAACUGGGUGUGCCAGCUAUGGAGAGAUCCGUGCGGUCCAGCGUUGACGGGAAUAGCGUUGAUAUAGGCGAAAUAACAGAAUCUCCUGAAACUGACUACAUGAGUACUUCGGCUAUAUUACAUUAUUGUAAAUCAAAAAUUUUGGUGCCAUACUUAAAGCUCUUAACAGUUAUGGGUCUGCGGCCAGUAGCCGACAAUUCAAACUCAUCUAGCUACGUAAUCUAUUUCUCUCAUUUUCACUCUGCCCAAGUUGCCGUAUUAAUGUCUUUGGGAUAUGUCUUACAAUAUAUGGCGUGCUUUAGGAGAGACAGGGGUUUUUGUUAUAAAUUAGUGCCUCUAGCUCUCACCUCCUCUUUAGAAUAUGAUGCUUAUAGGCAAGUCUGUUAUGGCAACGUGACGUUCACCUACAUUGGACCUAGUAUAUUACACUUUGUAGGAUUUCUCUACGCACUUUAUCUAUUUAGAAUAUCUGAUAAUGAACAACUUCAAAAUUUAAUGGAGAGAGUAUUUCUUCUUUCCUCUUACACUCCACAAGGAACGCCAACCACGAAACCCAAAAGACUCCUGCGCAUGCUUUGGUUUUUUAUUUUGUUAAGUGUUUUAUGGAUGUGUGUGUCACUAUGCUCAGUCAACUUAAUGAUGGCGAGAGGAACCAUAAUGUUUCGGUGGAUGGAAAAUAGCUCAAAUGAAGUGCUGCUCGUGUUAAAGAUACUACUUGUAAUAUGUACUCUAAUUCACGAUAUGGUCCAGGCGACAGUUAUAACAAGUUACUGCCUUCAAGCGCAGUUACUGCAGGCGCAUUUAAUGUUCCUCAAGGAGCGAUUACUCAAUCACACUAUAUCUCCUUUGAAUUGGAUGCGGGAAAUAUCUGAAUUCCGGAAACUUUUGAAAUAUCUAAACGACGACUUGGCACCCGCCGUAUGUUUAUUCACGAUAGUAAAUGCAUCUUGGGCUAUCUCGGGUAUCAUGUGGCUGCUGGAUUUGGAUAAAGUCGAUACAGAAACAGAACCCAUAGCGGGUAUCAGCAUACUGAAUCAAUUGCUUUGGAUAUCCGCUGUUGUCGUACCCUUUAUACAGGCUGCAAGAUUGUCAGCAGAGUGUCGUCGCACGCAAUCCAUUGGCCACGAGUUGUGUGUGCGUCCAUUCCUUCAUCAGGACACGUCUCAGGAAGACAUCACAACAGUUCUCGCAUACGCCACUUCUUUGAAACUGCGCGCGAAACUUUUCUGCUACCCAAUUGCGGCCAGAUAUAUCUGUCUGGUUUUGACAUUUACUUUGAUUAUUCUAUUCGCAUUAGGAAUGUGCCAUUACUUACAAUAA